AUGCCGAUUGGAACAGUAAAAGUGGCUUGGAAUGUUGAAUUUAGAAAUAUCAUUCACUAUUCAAAAAGAUAUUCCAUCAAGUUUACCAGUACAAGAAGUUGUGUAAGACAAGGAUAUAGCAGUAGAUUUGAGAAACUAAUCCCUUUACAAAAUGUUAAAGUUGAAGCAAAUAUUGUUGAUAUGAUUGCUGAAGUUGUAAUUUAUCAAACAUAUAAAAAUGUAGAAGAUAAGAACAUUGAAGCAUUAUAUAAAUUCCCAAUUUAUGAAGCUGCAGCAAUUUGUGAUUUUGAAGCAGAAAUUGAUGGCAAAUAUAAAGUUAAAGGUGUUGUGAAAGAAGCAAAACAAGCUGCUUCUGAUUACAAUGAAGCUGUUGAGAAAGGAUAUAGUGCUUAUUUACUUGAAGAACAAUUAUCAGAUGUAUUCCAAUGUUCAAUUGGAAAUCUAAAAAGUAAUCAGACAGUAGUUAUCAAAAUCACCUAUGUUACUGAGCUUAAACAUGACUCAGAGAAUGAAAAAAUACGAUUUGUUUUACCAACUUGUAUUGCAGAAAGAUAUGGGUCUUCUUCUUCUUCACCUUCAACAAUAACUUCAACAGCUAAUGAUGGUAAAAAACUUGUACCUGAUGAUGUAAAAUAUUCUGGGGAAGCAAAUUAUAAACUGGAUCUAAAAGUUAAUUGUAGAAUGACCUCAACCAUUCAAUCAAUUGAGUCUCCUUCUCAUUUGAUCUCUACUGAAUUAAAUGUUAAUGGCAAUCCCAAAACUUCUAAUGUUACUUUGGCUGAACAAAUUACUUAUUUAGAAAAAGAUUUUGUUUUAGUUGUCAAGAGUGAAGAUCUUGAUAAGCCAAGAUCAGGAUCAAUGCAAGGUGAACCAAUUAAAAAAGCAGGCCAAGUAUUAGAACUAUUUCUACAUUCAUUGUCAGAAGAUUGUUACUUUAAUGUGAUAUCAUUUGGUAGUAAAAUUUAUCCAGGAGUUAGGUUUACAGUUUAUUGUAUUUUAUCAAAAGGUGUUCAACCAUCAAAUGAAAUUAUCUUGACUGCUAAAUCUUCAGAUGGGCCAAUGAAACUUAAUAUACCAAUAGACCAUGUAACCUUGACUGGAUCAAAAAUUCAUACACUGGCUGCCAGGAAACUUAUACAAGAUUUGGAAGAAAACAGAUCAUUUAUUAAUAAACAUCCUAAAUCUAAAGAUAAAACUAUUCCUGAUUAUAUAUUUAAAGAUUAUAUUGUUAACUUGGGAAUAAAAUAUAAUCUAAUCUCAAAAUAUACAAGUUUUAUUGCAAUUGAUGAACAAUCAAAAGAAUCAAUUUCCCAGUGGCCACCAGAAGUUAGACAUGUUCCAAAUAAAGCAUCAUCACAGAUGUCUGGAUGGAAUUAUGGUCUUAGAACUAGUACUAAUCCUUAUGCUAUAACCCCAACAUCAGCAUUUAACAUAAUGCAUUACGAAAAACCUUUUGCAUCUCAACAGCAACAGCUUUGUUCUCCCGUAUCAUAUCAGGCACCUCAACAGCAACUAUAUUUUUCUCCUGUAGCAAGGAAUAAAAAUAACAAGAUCAAGACUGGCAUUUUACCGCGGGGGAUUGGAAGAAAAAAUUUACGGUCUCCACUUCCUUCUUCUAACGAUAUUAAUAAUGAUCAAAAUCAAAAUCAAAAAGAAAGAGAGGAUGUGAUGAAAAAGGUGACGACCAAGAAAGAAAUAAAAGAACAUGAAAAACCCAAUAUUGAAACACUAUUAACAUUUUUGUCACUUCAAUCAUUUGAUGGCAAAUUUCAACCUAAAAAUGAAUUUUUUGAAUUUUUUGGAAAGAAUUCAUUGGAUGAAUUCAACUUUGAAAAUAAUUUUGAAAAUAAAGAUGAUAUGCAGCAAAAAGUGAAAUUAUGUACAAUUAUUGCAUUGAUUUAUUUGGAAGUGGUGAUGAUGAAGGAUUUUAAAGAUGAAUGUGAUAUUUGUUACAAAAAAUCUAAAAAAGCAUUAACAACUAAAUUUAAAGAUUAUAAUGAAGAGAAUGUCAAGAAUGUUAUGGAUAGGUUGUCUUCCACCACCACUAUUAGCACCAUAUCCACCACUACUGCAGCACCUGUCGAGACAUUUCAAUCAAUCGCGAAAGAUUUAAGAAGUGCAAAAUCUAAUGCAAAACUCUUGGCUUUGGAUCAAAGCCAUACUAAUAAUAUUGCUUCUAUGACGUCAAGAUCAUUGGUUGAUUUACAAGGCAAUUGCGAUAAAAAAUAUCUUGUUUAUAUAACUUUUGGUCCACCAAAUAGCGUUCCACCAGAAUUGGGAAGAAUAGCAAGUAGCCAUAUUUCAAAAAAUUGCCCUGAAUCUAGUAGAAGAGACAAUAGGGGAGGAGAUAUUAAUAAUAGACCACCAUUGCAGCAGCAAUAUUCAUCUUCAACAUAUGAAAAUCGUAAUGGCGCUGGCGGUGCCAUGAGUGGAGGCAACGAUUAUCAUUUUAAAUCUUAUGAAUCUAGAUACACAAAAAAAUGCUACCAGUGUGGUUCUUCAGAUCAUAUUGCCCGUUAUUGUGAAGAACAACAAUCAAGAUUUGGUAGCGGCAGCGGUGGUGGUGAUAGAGGAGAUUAUCAACAACGAAGAGGUUAUAAUAAUAAUAACGGUUAUGGUAAUAACAAUAGUUUUGGUGGUUCUGGCAGUGGCGGAGG